AUGGAGCCGGCGCCCUUCCCGCACCCGCUGGCCCCCGAGGCCGAGGCCGAGGCCGAGCCUGGUCCCGGGCCGGCCCGGCCGGGCGGCGAGAAGCGUUUCCGACUCUGGUACGUGGGCUGCUCGAGCCUGGACCGGCGAGCCACGCUGCCCAUGUUGCCCUGGCUGAUGGCCGAAGUCCGGCGGCGCAGCCAGAAGCCCGAGCCGGGCGCGCCCCCGGCGCGGGAGGUGCUGCUGCUGCUGGGCGCGCCCACCCUGCGCUGCGUGCCCUCCUCGCCCGGCGGCGGCGCCCCCGGCCCGGCCGUCUUCAUCUUCGAGCACAAGGCGCAGCACAUCUCCCGCUUCGUCCACAACAGCCAGGACCUCACCUACUUCGCCUACCUGAUCAAGGCGCAGCCCGACGACCCCGACUCGCCUGUCGCCUGCCACGUCUUCCGGGCCACCGACCCCAACCAGGUUCCAGAUGUUAUCAGUAGCAUAAGGCAGGCUUCCAAAGCAGCCCUCAAAGAAGAUGUGAAGCCCAAUAAAGAAAAUGAAGAUGCCUUCUACAACUCCCAAAAAUUUGAGGUCCUCUAUUGUGGGAAGGUGACAGUGGCCCACAAAAAGGCCCCCUCUUCCCUCAUCGACGACUGCAUUGAGAAGUUCCACCUGCAUGAACGUCAGCGCCUGAAGCUGCUCAGCGAGCACGGCAGCACGGAUUCCAGCAUGGACCUCAUGACAUGGGAAGAUGGACCCUCUUCCCCCUUGGACAGUCCCUUUCAGGAGAUGGAGGGUUCCAGUGGAGGCACCCAGGGGAUGUUCAUCGUGGGCAGCCAGACCAACCUGGCCAGUUUGACCAGCUGCCGGACCUCUUUCCCAGAGCGGAUCCUGGAGGACUCAGGAAUGGAGGAACAGCUGGAAUUCCGUUCUCGCUGCAGCAGCACUGCCAGCCUGCAGAGGAGAGCUCAGGAGAAUAACUCCAAGCCUUCAUCCCGAAGGCGCCAUGCCAGCGCCCCGAGCCACGUCCAGCCCUCAGACUCUGAAAAAAACAGGACAAUGUUGUUUCAGGUGGGUCGGUUUGAAAUUAACCUCAUCAGUCCAGACACCAAAUCCGUUGUGUUGGAGAAGAACUUCAAAGACAUCUCCUCAUGUUCUCAGGGCAUAAAGCACAUCGAUCAUUUUGGUUUUAUAUGUCGAGAAUCCACUGAACCUGGAAUAAGCCAGUAUGCUUGCUACGUCUUCCAAUGUGCAAGUGAAUCUCUGGUGGAUGAGAUAAUGCUGACUCUGAAGCAAGCCUUUAGCACGGCAGCAGCCCUGCAGAAUGCCAAGACCCAGGUCAAACUGUGCGAGGCCUGUCCGAUGCACUCCUUGCACAAGCUGUGCGAAAGGAUUGAAGGACUUUAUCCACCGAGAGCCAAGCUCGUGAUUCAGAGGCACCUGUCUUCUCUCAGUGACAACGAACAGGCUGACAUCUUUGAGCGUGUUCAGAAAAUGAAGCCGGUGAGUGACCAGGAAGAAAACGAGCUGCUGAUUUUCCAUCUACGCCACUUGUGUGAGGCGAAGCAAAAGACCCACAUUCACGUUGACGAGGCCCCGAUGAACGCGUCUAAUAACACAAUCCCAGAAAACAGCACCAGUAGUGGAAGAUUCACCCUGGAUAUCCUGAAGAACAAAGCCAAGAAAUCCUUAACCAGCUCUCUCGAAAACAUCUUCUCCAGGGGGGCCAGUCGCAGGCGUGGUCGCCUGGGGAGCACGGAGAGCUUUGAAAGGUGCAACCAUCUCACUUCUGACAAAGACUGCUCCUCCGGGGACUCCCCACCCUCCACGCCGCCGGCAUCUCCCGUCGCCUUGGCUGGGCACCCCUUUCCCGAAGAGGACUCCGAUUCUCCCCAGUUCAGGAGACGCGCCCACACAUUUAGCCACCCGCCCUCCGCUUCCAAGAAGAGGAUCACUUUCCAGGAUGGACGGUCUCAAAGCGUCCGGUCGCCCCUCCUGAGGCAGAACUCAACUGAACAGAGCAGGCUGGCAGUUGCCCGACGUACCCGCAGUGAGAGUGAGUCUUCGGUGCCUCCCAGCCUCCCUUCUUCUUUCUCUGCCCCUUCUUUCCUGAAAAGCUUGUACCAGAGUUCUGGGAAGCCGGCUUCUCCGCCCGAAGGUGAUCCCACCAGGAGCGAUGUGGAGAAAAGAAAGAGGACUUCCUCAGUCUGCAGCAGUGACUCUCUAAAUGCUGGGGGUCUCACCCUGCCCCCCCGUCGGAUUUCCUGGCGGCAGAAGAUCUUCCUAAGGGUGGCAUCACCCAUGAAGAAGUCUCCUUCAGCCAUGCAGCUGCAAGAUGGCUGUGAUGAAAAAGAACUGCUGCCGUUAUCCCCGCUUCCACCGUCUUUUGACGAAGUUCCCCUGGUUUCCAUCUUGCAAAAUGAGGAUGUCCAAGAUCAGACCGGAGAGAAGAAGAACUCAGUGGAGCUGCAGAGCCUGUGGAGAAAAGCGAUCCACCAGCAGAUCCUUCUCCUCCGGAUGGAGAAGGAAAACCAGAAACUGGAAGCGAGCAGAGAUGAGCUGCAAUCCAGGAAAGUUAAACUGGACUAUGAGGAAGUUGGAACCUGUCAGAAGGAUGUUAUUAAUAUCUGGGACAAGAAACUGUUGAACUGCAGAGCCAAGAUCAGAUGUGAUGUGGAAGACAUUCAUACCACCCUGAAAGAUGGUGUCCCCAAAAGCCGCCGGGGAGAAAUUUGGCAGUUUCUGGCCGUGCAGCACCGCGUCAGACACCGGCUGCCGAAUAAGCAACAGCCUCCAGACAUCUCCUACCAAGACCUCCUGAAGCAGCUGACAGCGCAGCAACAUGCCAUCCUAGUGGACCUGGGAAGGACUUUCCCCACCCAUCCCUACUUUUCGGCUCAACUGGGCGCAGGGCAGCUCUCGCUCUUCAACCUGCUGAAAGCCUACUCCUUGCUGGACAAGGAGGUGGGCUAUUGCCAGGGCAUCAGCUUCGUGGCCGGCGUGCUGCUGCUCCAUAUGAGUGAAGAGCAAGCUUUCGAAAUGCUGAAAUUCCUCAUGUAUGAUCUCGGGUUCCGGAAACAAUACAGACCCGACAUGAUGUCGCUGCAGAUCCAGAUGUACCAGCUGUCAAGGCUUCUUCAUGACUAUCACAGGGACCUUUACCACCAUCUUGAAGAAAACGAAAUCAGCCCAAGCCUGUAUGCCGCACCCUGGUUUCUCACUUUAUUUGCCUCACAAUUUCCUCUGGGAUUUGUAGCCAGAAUCUUUGAUAUUAUUUUUCUCCAAGGUACAGAAGUCAUAUUUAAAGUAGCGCUAUGCCUGCUCAGCACCCGGGAAGAACACAUCAUGUCGUGUGAGACAUUUGAAAGCAUCGUGGAGUUUCUUAAAAACACUCUGCCAGACAUGACAGAGCCCCAGAUGGAGAAGAUAAUGGCCCAGGUGUUUGAGAUGGACAUUUCCAAGCAGCUUCACGCCUAUGAAGUGGAGUACCAUGUUCUGCAGGAUGAAUUGCAAGACAACCUGAGCCCUUGUGAGGAGAUUGAAGCUUCAGAGAAACUUGAAAGGGCCAACAGUCAGCUGAAGAGACAGAAUAUGGAUCUCUUGGAGAAACUGCAGGUUGCCCAUGCUAAGAUCCAAGGUGUGGAGUCCAACUUGGAAGCGGCCUUGAGAAGGGAAAACCAGAUGAUGACUUUAAUCCAGUCCCUGGAAGAGGAAAAGGCUCUGUAUCAGAAGACCCUGGAGAAGAUCUGCAGCUACCUGCCCCAGGAAGCCCUGUCCGACUGUGAAGAGCUGCUGAAAAAAGUCAACUGUCAUCCAAACAAAUUCUAGAAGAAAGCCAUAAACGAGGGGGAGGAGGAGGAGGAGGGAGGGAGAGAGAGAGAGAGAGAGAAGAUGGUUUCUGCUCAUAGAUGGAAGGAAAGAAAUGUGCCGCUGCUGGAAAGGGGAUCGACUUCAUUUCACAGGAUUCUGCAAGCAGUAGCCACAGUAGCUAAGAGGCCUUUAUGCAAGACCCCAAUAUGCAAAUCCCAGGUUCAUGUCUUUUUUUUUUUUUUAAAUAACGCGUGUACAUAAUUUGCAGUGUUUAGAAGAAAAGAUGGGUUCUAAUGAAGAAGAUCGGGUGUAUAUUUAGGACUGAUCUAAACGGGGAAACCGGUGAGAUUUGAGACUGCUUGUAACUUAACUGUGGAAGACUCUACUUUCCCUCAGUAAGGAAGGCGUGGGGGUCUUUUCUAUACGCUGAUCAACACUUGAAAAAAAU